UCAUUUGAGUGAAAAGAUGAAUUCGAUGCUCAAAUGAGAUUAUUAUUUUCCUUUGUGCAAAUAACAAGAACCUAUUAAAGAAAAUCUCAAACUGAAAUCAUGUUGUAGACAUGACCUAGAAACUAUAGCCAGAAUUAUACUGAUAGCUAAUACUCCUUCAUCAUUAGACACUUAGAACCCUUAGGACACUGGAGUUAAAGGAACUGUGUGAUUCAACAGCAGUGACAUAUUCAGGGGAACAGAGAUCUACUGGUGAUACAAAUGGCUAUGGGGAAUGACUCUUCUGUGACUGAGUUCAUUCUCACAGGACUGACAAACCAACCUGAACUCCAGCUGCCCCUGUUUUUCCUGUUCCUGGUGAACUAUAUAACCACUGUGGUAGGAAACUUGAGUUUAAUGAGUCUCAUUUGCUGGAAUUCAAACCUUCAGACACCUAUGUACUUUUUUCUCUUUAACCUCUCUUUUAUUGAUCUAUGUUAUUCAUUUGUCUUUACUCCCAAAACACUAAUGAGUUUUGUCUUAGAGAAAAAUGUAAUUUCUUUUACAGGAUGCAUGACGCAGCUGUUUUUCAUAUGCCUUUUUGUCAAUUCUGAGUGCUAUUUGCUGACAGCCAUGGCUUACGAUCGCUAUGUUGCCAUCUGUCAACCCCUGCUGUACAUGGUCAUCAUGUCUCCUGUGACAUGUUCCCUGAUGAUGUUUGGUUCAUAUGUGAUGGGGUUUGUUGCUGCAAUUGUCCAUACAGGUUUUAUGAUCAGGCUCAGCUUUUGUGAUUCGAACAUUAUCAACCACUACAUGUGUGACAUCUUCCCUCUUCUCCAGCUCUCCUGCAGCAGCACCUACGCUAAUGAGCUUGUGUGUUCUGUUUUUGUCAGCACAGUAGUCCUUGCAUCUAGCUUUCUCAUCUUAACCUCCUAUGCUUUGAUUCUUUUUAAUAUCAUUCAGUUGUCAUCAGGUAAGGGUUUAUGCAAAGCCAUGAGUACCUGCAGUUCUCACAUAAUGACUGUUGUCCUAUUUUAUGGAUUUGGUAUGCUUACCCAUAUCAAAACAUCAUCUGAUGAAUCAGUGAAUCAAGGGAAAUUUUUCUGCCUACUUUGUACAUUUUUGAUGCCUUUGCUGAACCCCUUUAUUUACAGUCUCAGAAAUAAGGAUGUCAAGCUUGCGCUGAAGAGAACACUGAGGAGACUCACAGUGAGUGAACCACUGGGGCUACCAUAGUCAUUUGAUUCUUUCUCUUCACUUCAUUUUCUUACCACCUUCUUUUUCGAUAUUAUCUUUUCUUUCAUUCACCUUUUGCUUUAUAGUCUUGCAAGAUUUCCACCUUAUUAUUUUGUCACUUUCCUCCACAAAAAUUCUUGAUUUUCUUAUAUGAGGAUAAGAAAAUAUUUAUGAUCAGGGGACUCAUCCUGAACGUGGAUCCAGCUUCAUCUUUAGAUAUGGAAUGUCAUAUUUUUGAAUAUUGAGACAAUUCUAUUUAUCCUUUAUCUUUGUAUUUCUACAACAAAGGGAAGUCAUGGAGUCGAAUAUUUUCUAAUAAAUUUACUUGUGUUAUAGUUUUCUAAGUGGACUUUGUAAAACUUUUCCAGUUUCAGAUCUUUAAAAACAUGUGUGAAUUGCAAUAAAAGAGAGAAUAUAUAAAAAAAAAUCCUGGCCACAAUAAAGUUGUCAGUUUCUAGCAUUA